AGUCCUUGUGACGGCUGGGUUGGGCGAUUGCAGCCUGCAGCUGCAGAGCGGACGCAGAAGGAGAGUUUAUUUUCCAUCUUCUGGACAAAUUGUGUGUAAAUUGAAGGAGCCUUGAGGGGGGAAGCGGUAGCUGAAUGUGUCGCUCGUGUUUAUGUUUUGGGAGCACACGAGUCCGUGCUGCACCUGGCAACACGGCCGCUGGCAGGGGUCAAAGUGCACCAUGGACGGUGGCCUGAGGGUCCUCCUGUCCACUGUGCUGUGUCUCAGCCAGGCCCUGCUCAUCAGCUGCUCAUCUCAGUACCCCUCCUUCCGCUCUGAGCCGGCCGACCUGGUCCAGAGUCGAGGUUCUGCGGCCCGUCUGCAGUGCCUGGCCAGCCCUCCGUCGGCCGUCGUCUCCUGGCGUUUCCAGGGUCGUCCCCUGGAGCAAGGCACCUUGCCGGGGCUGGAGUUCCUCCAGGGAUCCCUCACCAUCUCGUCCCUGACGCCGGGCCACGCCGGCACCUACCAGUGCGUGGCACGCUUGGAGCACGGGCCGGCCGCGGCCAGCCGCCUGGCCCGCGUGGCCGUAGCAGAAAUAUGGGCGUACGAAGACGGCCAGCGGCGGUUUUUAUCGGUGCAGGAAGGCGGCACGGCGCGUAUCGAGUGUCCUCUGCCGCGCAGCGUCCCCCCCGCUCGUCCCAGGCUGAGAGUACGAGGUGACUGGAUAGACGUCUCCACAGACGACUACCUGGUCCUUCCCUCCGGAAACCUGCAGAUCCUCUCCGCCUUGGCCCGGCACCAGGGCAUGUACAAGUGUGGAGCCAUCAACCCCGUUACCGGGGAAACCGUGGUCCAGUCCCACGGCACCAAGCUGUCCGUCAGACAUUCAAACGUUUCCGCCCCGGCGCGGAUACUUUACCCCAGCGGCCCCGUGGCGUUGUCGCCGCGGCGGUUGCAGCCACUGACGCUGGAGUGCGUCGUCUCCGGAGGCGCCGCAGCGGCGAGCUGGCUCAAGAACGGGAGGGAGCUCAUGCUCGAACCUUCUCACCGGCGGCGGCACAACAACCUGGUCUUCCCGAGGCUGGGGAGGGGCGACACAGGGCGCUACGCCUGCGCCGUGGAGACGGAGCGAGGGCUCGUCGCCAGCGCCGACUACACCGUGGACGUCCUCGAGCCUGUCCUCAUCACCGAGGGCCCCAGCGACCAGCGCGUGACCUCCGGCUCGUCCGCCCGCUUCACCUGCGUGUGGCUGGGGAACCCGGCGCCCAACGUCACCUGGCUGCUCAACGCCGAGCCCCUUCCCUCCUCGCACCGCUUCCAGGCCUCCGGGUCCUCGCUCGUCGUCACGGGCGUGACGUCACAGGAUGGCGGCGUGUAUCAGUGUCUGCUGGACAACGGGAUCGGGUCGGCGCAGGCCAGCGGCGUCCUCACCACUCAGCCGGAUCUACAGCCGGGCUCCUCUGCCGCCGCCCUGCCAGACGCCUCGGCGUCGCUCCACCCGUUUCAGAGCGACGAGGGCGACGGGAGCUUCCUGAGCGAGGACGGGGGCAGCAACGCCGCCGCCCCGCCGGCCGACAGGAGCGGCGACCGCCCCACUCCGGAGGCCCCGAUCAUCAUCAGCCCGCCGCAGACCCACAAGCCUGACGUCUACGACCUGGAGUGGCGGGCGGGCCGCGACGGCGGCAGCCCCAUCAACGCCUACUUCGUCAAAUACCGUAAGGUCGAUGAAAUGGGAACUGUGGUGGGAAGCUGGCUCACGGUCCGGGUCCCUGGCAGCGAGAAAACGCUGCGGCUGUCGGAGCUGCAGUCCUCCAGCCUCUACGAGGUGCUGAUGGUGGCGCGGAGCUCGGCGGGCGAGGGUCAGCCGGCCAUGCUCACGUUCCGCACCGGAAGAGAAAAAAGCGUCUCAUCCAACAAAAACCCCUCCAAGCCUCCCGUCGUCUCCGCGCCCCCAAAAGCCCCCGAGGAGAGAGCCCCCAACACCCACUUCGGUGUCGUCAUACACGACAGAGUUCCCGAGGCUCCCGACCGUCCGACCAUCUCCAUGGCGACGGAGAGUUCGGCCUACGUCACCUGGAUCCCUCGGGCGAACGGCGGCUCCCCGAUCACGGCCUUCCGCGUGGAGUACAGGCGCAGCCGCGGCGCUGACUGGCUGGUGGCGGCGGACAACAUCUCGCCGCUCAAAUUGUCCGUGGAAGUUCGGAACCUGGAGCCCGGCUCCGUCUACAGGUUCCGGGUGGCGGCCAUGAACAUGUAUGGAGAGAGUCCCCUCAGCAUCCCGUCCAAGCCGUACCAGGUGCCCCAGGCGAGUCCGCGCACGUCCGAGCGGCCCGUGGUCGGCCCGCACAUCCUGUCCACCGACGCCAUCAGCGACACGCAGAUCAUGCUGCGCUGGACCUACAGCCCCACGAGUAACAACAACACCCCGAUCCAGGGCUUCUACAUCUACUACCGGCCCACGGACAGCGACAACGACAGCGACUACAAGAGCGACGUGGUGGAAGGUGUGAAGAACUGGCACAUGAUCGCCCACCUGCAGCCCGAGACGUCCUACGACAUCAAGAUGCAGUGCUUCAACACCGGCGGCGAGAGCGACUACAGCAACGUCAUGAUCUGCGAGACCAAAGCGCGCCAGUCUCCGGGGUCUCCCAGCCAGCACCCCGUCACGCCGUCCGGCCCCCACUUCCCAGAGCCGCCCAGCCCCCCCGGGGGCCUCCUCUACCUGAUCGUGGGCUGCGUCCUGGGCGUGAUGGUGCUCAUCCUGCUGGCCUUCAUCGCCAUGUGCCUGUGGAGGAACCGCCAGCAGAACAGCAUGCACAAGUACGACCCUCCCGGCUGCUUGUACCAGCCGGCGGAGAUGAACGGUCACGUCAUGGAGUACACGGCGCUGGCGGCCGGCUCCGGCCGCCUCAACGGGGCCGUCCACGGCACCUACGGCCACGGCGGCCCGCUGGGACCUCCGGGGUGUCACCACCUCCACCACAAGCUCCCCAACGGCCUGGCGCUGCUCAACGGCUCCGGCGGGUUGUUCUCCCCGGGCCACCCGCACGGCCACGACGGCACGCUGCCCCGCGCCGCCCGGGACUGUGAGCACUCGCACCCUCACCACCACCUGAACGGCGGAGGCUUGUACACGGCUCUUCCUCAGACCGAGUCCUCGGACUGCAUGAGCUGCCAGAACCUCUGCAACAACAACAGAUGUUACAAGACGACCAACGGCACGUUCUCCAGCGGCACGCUGCCCCUGAUGCACCGCAUGGCGACCUGCCAGCAGGACGGGCUGGAGAUGGUGCCGCUGGGCCAGGUUCUGCCCCAGUGCCACGGCUCUGACCCCACGGCAGAUGCAGGAUACCAACCAGACGAGCACAAGGAGUCGCCUCCCUCGCACUCCUGCUGCCUGAUCCGGACCGGAGGGAGCUCUCCAGCUGAUAGCACUGCGGAGGACGAGCUGCGGCGCGUGGACAUGGACGGCCCGGCCGUGUGCUGGGAGACCCUCGGCCUGCCGGACCUGGACUGUGACGAGAAGCCCGGUUGGAUCUCCAGCAGCAGCCUGGCCGGAGAGCUGAUCCAGGCCGGCCCGCGGGAGGCUUGAACGCAGCCCACACACGGGGGGAGAGAGAGAGAGAGAGAGAGAGAGAGAGACGGAGGAGGAAAAGUGAUGGGAUAGUCAGAGACACUGCAUGUUCACGGUGACGAGGACUCAGAACCGACGAGUGGAAACGCAAGAACGAGGACAAAAGACUGAGAUCAGAGCCAGAUGGAAGGAAACUAAACUAAGAGACUACGUUCCUCUGGAGGAAAGACUCACAAACUGCUUAGAUGCCUUAUUUAUUUUUUGUAGUAGUAAAAUAUUAUUUCAUAUGAAUGUAUCUGUUUAAAAGAAAAAAAGUUUGUCUUUUAUAUUAUUUAUGCCUUUUUUGAUGAGAAAUGCUUUCUAUUUUUUGUUUCUUUUUGUCCCUCCGUGUCCCCACUCGAGCGUGGAGACUUUAGCAACUGUCUGUAAAGUUUUGUAAUAAUAUAAAGAGGAGAUGCGGGAGAGUCAACAAGGA